CCGACGGCCGUGAACGCAGCGGCAGCAGCUCUGCGUGGCGUGUAGCACGUCUCCUCCUCCUGACCGCUACCUCUCAGCAGGUCUGUCCGGGCGGUUCAGUGUCACAGCAAGUAAGUUGUGGUUGCUGACCUGGUGGCUUAACUUCUAUCAUUUCAUGCAUGAGCAUUGCACGACAGAUCCUCACCUGCUCCAGGUUUGCAUGUCGUUCAGUUCCCAUAAACAGCAGAAGGAGGUUUUGUACUUCACAGCAUAUGAUGAUGUCGCGGCAUACACACACCAAAAGAAUUGAGGGCCUGGACCAGAACGUCUGGGUGGCGUUUACUUCACUAGCAGCCGAUCCUUCCGUCGUUAACCUGGGCCAAGGCUUUCCAGAUAUCCCUCCACCUUCUUAUAUUAAGGAGGGACUAGCAAAAGCUGCAUCAGAGGACAGGAUGAACCAGUACACCAGAGGUUUUGGUCAUCCAUCUUUGGUGAAGGCCCUUUCCCAGGUUUAUGGGAAGGUCUAUGGACGCCAGAUCGAUCCCUUCAAAGAAAUUCUGGUCACAGUCGGUGGCUACGGUUCCUUAUUCAGCACCAUGCAAGCACUGGUAGAAGAAGGAGAUGAGGUCAUCAUCAUUGAACCCUUCUUUGAUUGCUAUGUACCGAUGGUGCGAAUGGCAGGGGCCAAGCCUGUGUUCAUACCGUUACGCCUUAAGCCUGGAAAGAAGACAAUCACGAGUGCUGACUGGUUUCUUGACCCAGAUGAGCUUUCCAGUAAAUUUAACUCAAAGACAAAGGCCAUCAUCAUUAACACUCCGAAUAAUCCAAUUGGGAAGAUUUUCACCAGAGAUGAGCUGCAGAUGAUCGCAGACCUCUGUAUUAAACACGACACUCUGUGCUUCAGUGAUGAGGUUUAUGAAUGGCUCGUCUACAAGGGACAUCAGCAUAUCAAAAUUGCCACUUUGCCUGGAAUGUGGGAUAGAACAAUUACAAUCAGCAGUGCAGGAAAAACAUUCAGUGUUACUGGAUGGAAGCUUGGUUGGUCUAUAGGACCUGAACACCUGACAAAGCAUCUUCAGACUGUCAUGCAGAACACUCUGUACACCUGCGCAACACCUUUACAGGAGGCUGUGGCACAAGGUUUAGUCCUGAACUAUGAGCUAAUGGGUCAGCCUGAGUGCUACUUCACCUCACUAGCAGAGGAACUUGAGGUAAAGAGAGACCGGCUGGCCACCAUUCUGCAGGAGGCCGGUAUGACUCCUGUCAUCCCAGAGGGAGGUUAUUUCAUGCUCGUGGACGUCACGUCUCUCAAUCUGGACCUGUCACAUAUAACUGAUGAUGAAGCCUAUGACUACAAGUUUGUCAAGUGGAUGAUUAAAGAAAAGAAACUAGCAGCCAUUCCAGUCACAGCUUUUGUUGGAGAUGAGUCCAAGAAGCAGUUUGAGAAAUACAUCCGCUUUUGCUUCAUCAAGCAGGACAGUACUCUGGAGGCAGCGGGGAACAUCUUGAAAAACUGGGCUAAGAGUUAAUGGGAUGUGGUGAAGACUUGAUCUCUGUGGUCAAGCUGAGAGGUCGGCACAUUGACUGGAAAUAAGUACAACUUCAGUAACACAGUUAGCAUUUGAGCUGUGUGCUGGGUUUUGAGAAAACAAAGCUUUUCAAGUUAACUUGACUGAAUUGAGUCGCUAAUAUACAUGGUGGGUGAGAUAACUGAGGUGAAGUGUUAUUUUUAUGCAGUGUCCCACAGUGAAUUUAAACCCCUUAUUCAUUCCUGUUGUCAUUCAGUAUUGUCUAUUUCAGUUAAUAUUUUUCUGGACUUGCAACAUUAGACACAGCAGAGAAGUAAAAGGACUGCUGUAGCUGAGCCAAUCUGCUGUAACUGUGCCUUUUCUGUGUCUUUUUUUUCCCAGUUAAACUGCUAAACUCAGACACAGAUCUUUGGUUUGGACUGUUUUGUGAAAACCAGUAAGGGUACAGUGUUUUUAAAAUGUUUAUAACAUAACAGUUUCAGAUAGUGGAGAACUAAAGCUUAAUGAUUUGGGGGAAAAUAUCUUAUUGUGCAUUUUUUCCUACAGGUAUUGAAAUUUAAAAUAUAAUUUUUUCACCGUCAGUCUUCAUGCCAGUAUUCACUGUCUAAUACAUCGAAAAUAUGCAUGAAACAUUAUAAUUUAAGGUACCAUUGGAACUAUGACAUUCGCACAAAAUGGAUAGCAAUUUGUAAAACCAUGUAUAUCCUAAAUUGCAGCUUUUGCAACUUGCUAAUUGUUUCAAAUUGAUCUUUUGAUUGGAAUUUGAUUAUUUUUGGAAUUGCUUAGUGUAGUGGGGACCAUUCAGAUUUACAAAAAUACGUACAAAGUUGGGUGGCAUCUGGUUUCCAUCUCCUUUUGGAAAAUAAUAAAUGUGUUUUCACAGCU